GUGUUUAUUUACGCUCGAACACCGAACGUGGUAGCAACGCGAAUAUAAAGCAACAACAAACGCUGCAAAAUAGCAAAUUUUUUAAAUUUAAUUUGAAAGAAAUUGUAUGCGAAAAAGUGCACAUAAAAACUAAAGACUCUCGAAAAAUAAAAUUUGAAGUGUAGAAAUUACGUGCAACCUAACUGAAAGUGCCUUUAACAGUGUGAUCGAACCGUUAUUUGGCAUAGAUAAGCCAAACUGAAUUUGAAAGUCAACGGACAACAACGACUACAUAUAUGGUUAUCAGCAGCAUAGAAGACAAGUGCCAUUGUGAUUUUUACUAAACAACACCAAAUUAAAAGUCAAACAAAAAAAAAAACAAAAAAACGAAAACACUUUUUUAUCGCAAACACAAUUCGCAUUGCGAAAACAUUUAUUUCCAUCAACAAAAAAUCGUAUCGCCAAAGCACCACUUAAAAUCAUAACAAAGCAGCAAUGGAGGAGAAACGCGACAUUCCGAAAAUCAUUGGUGUCAGUGACAUCACAGAGAAUAAGAAGAUAUGGCGCGCUCUAAUUGGCGAAUUUUUGGGCACCUUCUUCUUGGUCGCCAUCGGUGUUGGCAGUUGUACUGGCGGUGAUGCGUACACACCAUCGGUGGUACAGAUCGCUUUCUGCUUCGGUUUGGUGGUGGCCACCAUGGCGCCUGGUCUGGGUCAUAUCAGCGGCUGUCACAUUAAUCCAGCCGUAACCGUCGGCUUCCUCGUUGUUGGUGAGAUGAGCAUCUUGAAGAGUGUGCUCUACAUCCUAGCGCAGCUAAUCGGCGCCAUAGCUGGAGCAGCGGUCAUAGUCGCCGCCGUUACUGAGGAGGUAGCCGGCGCCAAUUUGGGUGUGUCUUUAUAUGCCAGCACACUCGAUGCUGGACGCGUGGUGCUCAUUGAGGCUUUGAUCACCUUCCUGCUGGUGUUCGUGGUCAAAGCUGUGUGCGAUCCCGGACGCACAGACAUCAAGGGCUCAGCGCCACUCGCUAUUGGUCUUUCCAUCACGGCUGGACACUUGUGUGCUGUCAAAUUGACUGGGUCCAGCAUGAAUCCGGCACGUUCCUUUGGUCCCGCUGUCAUUCAGAACGUAUGGACGGAUCAUUGGGCCUACUGGGUGGGACCGCUCGCCGGUGCCGUUGUUGCCGCCAUCAUUUACCGAUUUGUCUUUAAGGUGCGCAAGGGCGAUGAUGAAGAUCACUCUUAUGAUUUCUAAACCAUGCCGCAUGAGAAUGUCGCUGUAAAAUGAGUACAGCAACAAAACGCAGCUAUGUGAGGCACACAACCACAGCAAUACAUACACACGUCCAUAUGCCUCAAAAAUGCAUGAGCUUACAAGUGACGACGGGCAUUUUUGUUUUUUGUUUUUGACUACUUUUGCCAAUUCAAAUAGUUAUCAGCGGCAUAAGCUACUAUACAUAACUUACUUACAUACAUAAGUAUGUAUGUAUGCAUGCACGCACUUGUAUUGAAAAUGAAUAUGAAAAUGUUGCGUAUACGCCACACCACCAUUUGUAUUAUGCAUAAUUUUAUUUGUAAUUUUAAUUUUUAGUGAAAUAAGCACCCUAUAUAUGUUUAUAUAUCGACACUUGCAACUCAUAUGCCAAAAGUACAAUCCUUCAUACGAGAAAUUGGGCGCUUACCACCCAGCAGCGCACUACUUCAGCACCCCACUCAUUCGCCCGCGAGCACCCAUUCCGAAAUCCACACAUUCCCGCCGCCCACAGUUACCAAAGUGUGCAAGUAAUUGACGGCAAACACGAAAAAAUUUUUUGUAAAUUUUUGCAAAAAACAACAAAAUUUUUUGUAAUUUUCUAUAAUUGCUAGCGCACAAUUUUCGCAACAAACAAAUGUGUAUAAGCAGAAAUUCCGAAAUUUUGUCUUCUCAAAUUAUUCACCACCCAGCGUAGUUUCUAUACUAACUGUAAAACGCAUGCAUAAAAAUUUUGUAUUUUUGUAUGUCAACACUUUGAAGAAAAUUAAAAAAAAAAAAAAAAAAACG